CCUUGUUUCGGUUCUUAGAGAGGAGCUUUGGUCUACAGAUGGCACGUCACAGUAAGCUGCAGAAGCAGGUCCUCGCUCUGUAUCGACAGUUCCUGCGAGCCGGCCAGGACAAACCGGGCUUCAUCCCCCGAAUCCGUGAUGAGUUCAGAGAGAACGCUCGCAUCAAGAAGACGGACGUGAUGCACAUCGAGUAUCUGUACCGACGAGCACAGAGGCAGCUGGAGCAGCUGAAGGACGUCAACACCAAACAGCUGGGCUCCUUCUCCAAACCUGCAGAGAAGAGUUGACCUCUGGCCUCUGACCUUUGACCUACACUACGACCUGUGACAAAGACCUGUCAAAGACUUGGUCACUACUAGAAACCUCAUGCUGAGAUGCUGCAUUCAAGUCCAGUCUCAUGAAAGUAAAACACAUUUUUGGAUGUUUCAACAGUGAUGUGAGCUGUAAUACAGCAAAUGUACAAGCAACUGUAAACCCAUAAAACCUCCUCUGACUUCACAUGGUAUUAAUAAUGAUAAUAAAUAAAAGUGUAUAAAUGAU